GCUUUCUCCAGUGGCACUUUCCGUUGUGCAGUCCCAAGUUUGAAGCGGACCGCGCUUGCAGCCGACGGGGACCUUAGCUGGCUGGUGGCAGUGGCCUGUUUCUGGAACUUCUUGUUCGGCUCACUGUUGAGGCGCUCAAUUGGUCUGCUGUUCACGCCUGUAUCAGCCACUUUCGACACGUCGCGCAGACAACCUACAGCGUGGCUGGUCGCACUCGUCUACGCCGUCACGUAUGCCAUGGCUCCAGUUACCACCCGAACCAUCCGCGAGAGUCGGUUUCCUCUCAGGGAACUCUCCCUUAUUGGCACCACCUGCAUUGGCUUCGGUCAGAUCGCUGGAUUCUUCCUGAACGACCUGACUCUGUUUAUAUGCGUCGUCGGAAUUUUGUGUGGCGUAGGGACGGGGGUAACCUCUGUUGUCAACGAGGUUGUCAUCUGUCAGUACUUCAUUCGGCAUCGUCGCACUGCCAGUGGCCUCAACUACGCAGGGACGACGCUAGCUGCGUGUCUCUUUCCCGCUGUCGUCCUCCACCUGAUUGACGCUUAUGGCCUCCAAGGUGCUCUGCUCAUCUCAGGAGGCCUGACCCUCAAUGGACUUGCGGGAUCCCUGCUGUUCUUGGAACCCCCGUGGAGCGACACGAUGCAGUCAAGGACGAUGAUUCCCAUCGUAGCAGCUGAUGAGAUCGAGACCGUCCCUGACACUCCUGUGCCGGUUGUCAGAAAAGCGUCUACUGCCAACGACUACAUCGUGCAGCCUCAACAAGGACAGGAAGAUACUUACAUUCUACCGGCAACCGAGGAAAAUUUGGAAGCGCCAAGCCAGGUACACACAGAUAAGGCGUACCGAGAUCCUUCAGCCGCCCAUGGGAGACAGGACCAGAGUGCUAUGGUGGCUUGGCUUGUGGUGGUUUCGGCAGUCCUCACCAGCUACUUCGUUAUGGUGCAAUGUGUCCUGCUGGACUAUGCCGUAGAACUGGGCAUGGGCGAGCAGAGUGGGUUAGCAAUGAUCGCCCUAAUAGGUCUUGGUGACCUACUCGCCCGAAUGAGCACACAGGACAUCAUAGGAAUCAUCGGUCACUGCAAGUGUAUCGCUCUCAUCUGCUUUCUCAACGCCGGAACGUUGUUUAUUAUGUCUGUGUUGAGUAACGCGCCCUUAAUGAUGUUACUCAGCGGAACAUUCGGUGCUACAUCUGGUUCACUCGUCAUGAGCUUCGUUUCUACACUCAAUCGUUUCCUGGAACCCCAGCAAGUACAAGUCUACGCGGAACGAGCCCGUUUAGCAAUGGCAGCUGCCCUCCUCUUGGGACCUGUGAUGGUGGCGGUCUUCAAGGAUACCUUUGGUUCAUACUCGGGAUUUCUGCAAACUGCAGGAUUUCUCUCUGUCCUUGCCGGUCUCACAUGGCUUCCCGCCAUCAAGAACGACAUUCUACCAACGGUGUCGCGUGCGAGGACACUCUCUGUUGCAGUGCCUUCCAGCUCGAACCUUAUCUAUCCGGCAACCUUUCCAUUUCGACAAACCUCCUUCCCUGAAACCACAAAGCAGCCCUGGGAGCCAGCUAGCCCUUCCCCUGACUCCGCAAGUACUCCUGGCGGACCUGCCGGAGAUGGCGGUACAGGAUCUCCAUCACCCGCCGAGACACCAAGCACGGCGGUUGGAUCUCCAAGUACGGAAACAGAAUCGCCAAAGAAAGACGCAGACACGCCGAAGAAAGAAGCUAUACUGCAAAAACAGGACGGCGUUGAAUCGCAAGCCCCUGCCUCAGCAGCCGAUAAGUCAGGAAAGGACACUAAGAACGAAAAGGAGCCAGUAAAAGUAACGGGACACCCAAUAACAUCAGCAGUGAACAACAAGGAGCACGAGAAAGGUGAGCCGGAAAUAAAGAACAAAGAGCAAGAGGCAGGUCACGACGUUAAGGACUCGACGAAGGCGGACGAAGUCAAAGAGAAUACAACAAAACCCAAGGCUCCAGGGGACUUGGCUGAAAUGCCACCUGGUGUUGUCGGACCAUCAAAAGGCAAUCUAGGGAAACGAGCAAACGGAGUAGGUAUUGAUGAACCGCCUCAGAAAGAUAGAGACCCGAAGAAGUCAGCGGUGGUGAAAUCAACAGACGUGAACAGGAAAACUAUGAUAGUCACUGGAGCGGAAACGCGCACUUCUGAAAGGCUACCGGAAAAUUUAGGUGGGACGAUUGGUGCGGGGCCAUCAGAGAGAAUAAAACAGCUGGAAGCUGGAGAAGAAAAGAAAGUGGGAGAAAAAGAGCUUACAGAGAAGUCUCAGAAGGCGAAGAGCAUUAAAUUGCCUGUGGAGCCAGAAAAAACGAUGAAAGAGGAGAAAGGGGCAACUGAAGUAGCGAUCACAGUUGAACAGACCGUGGAAACCACUACUGCGAGCGGUGGAAAGCCUACCCCAAAAAAGAAAAAGAGGUCCUUGACCGGGUAUCGGAAGAACAAGGCGUUCGGAUUCUCGAAUCGUUUCUACACCAAGAAGCAGAGCAGAAAUGUUCUGCAGGCAUCUUCCCUGGCAACUGUGACUGUUCGAGGACACAGACAUGGUCCAGCCAGCGUUUUUAAACAGGAAAAAUCGGACCCAACUCAACCGUUAUACACAACGCCGCCAUCAGAGACGGACACCGGCGACUCAGUGGACGCCGAUUCCAGCUAG